ACCAUGGCGCAGCCGUCUCCGUGCGCAUCGCCUGCCUCCCGUCGCCGUAGCGAUGGCUCAGUGAGAGAGAAUCUGUUCUUUCCUGUUUCUGAACGAAACGAGCAGGAGAGGCUGGAGGCCCUGGUCCGCCGGAGAGCAGGAGGAGGAGGAGGAGGAGGAGCAGGAGGAGGAGGAGGAGGAGGGGGGGAUGCUCAGGACCUCCUGGAGAACAGGCCCAAGCGCUGGACGUGGGGAGGACCACCGGACGGAGUCGAGGGUAACCCUAAGACCCCGCCCUGCCAUGCCAUUGGCUCUGCUCAGCCCAAUGAGCUCCCUGCUGCUCCCAGUGCCGGCCAAUCCCGUAACGUUGUUGAUUUCCUGUGUCCACCCACAAUGGAUCCACCAAUGAACAAACAGCUGUCCAGCUCCUCCGCCGCCCUCCACUCCCCGGAGAGAGUGUCUUUUGUGUCCCAUCGAACAGCUUCCCCCAACAACCACAGACCCAACAGAAGUUCCUCCAACCGCAGGAGCAUCGCUGGAUUCUCUGAAGAGACGUCCAGAGCCAAAACACCCACGGGGGAGACGCCGAACACACCGGUCCGCAGUUCUUCCUUCAGGGCCAACAGUAAAGGCCCGGCUACACCAAAACGGGUGAGAUCGAACAGGAGCCGCGCUCAGUCGCCCUGCUCUCCGGGACAGUUCCCUCCCUCUCCGCUCAGACAGAGAGCCAGCACCCCCGGCACUGACGACAGGGGUCACUCUGAGGUCAAAGGUCACAGCACCCUGGAGAGGAAAUCAACCAAAUCUGAAAUCUCAGAGAAGAGGAUUCCCAAAUCCACCAGCAGAGAACUGAACGCAGAGUCUCCAGGGACGCCCACGGGCCGGAGUGUCGGGGGGACCACAGACGCUGAGGAGGCGUCCAGGCUGCUGGCGGAGAGACGACGUCUGGCCCGAAUACAGAAGGAGCAGGAGGAGAGACAACGGCUGGAGGACGAGAGGCUGCGGGCGGAGGAGGAGCAGAGGAGGCAGCAGGAGGCCAAGGAGCGACAGGAGAGAGCGGUGCUUCAGGCCGAGGAGGAGAGAGUGAGGAGGGAGGAGGAGAAGAGGAGCAAGGAGGAGGAGGAGAGACGACAGAAGGAGCAGAGAUGGAAGGACAUGCAGGAUCAGCUGGACAGAGAGAGGGAGGAGGCGUUCCUGAGAGCCCAGAAAGAGUCCGAGAGGAAGCGACAGGAGCGAGAGCUGCUGCACAUCCAGGAGGAGCAGGAGCGCCUGCAGAGGAAGAAGAGAAUUGAGGAAAUAAUGAAAAGAACAAGGAAGAGUGAAGUGGAGCCUCCCUCCGGCUCCUCAGGAGGUGACAUGAGAGCCGAGGCUGCCGCCGCUCUGGAGGAAGACGCCCCGACUCCGGCUGAGGCCCCCGUCAUCACGCUGGGGCCCCUGGAGAACAAGAGCUUUGUGGACGAGUUGUCUGACGGAGUCCAGUCGAUGGACGUCAGUUCUCCAUCUGUCUCCAUCAGCCCCGUGUCCAGGGAGGAGCAGGCGAGCGCUCAGGAGUUCUCUCCCGUCACCGAGGGGACAGACGGCUGUCCCCUGGAGCACCUGAUGGACCUGGACCCCCAGGGACGAGUGCAUGGUGCCCAGACGGACCCCUACCCGAAGCUGCAGGCCGGCAGCGGGGUCGGAGACCUCAACAAGAACCUGCUGAUUCAAGCGUACAGCGCCGCCUCUGAAUCCACCCAGCUCAUCCACAGCAUCGGCCCCAGCAAACUGGACGUCCAGUAG